GAAAUGAUUCGGUCAUUGCGGCCCUCGCCAGAACAGCGCCUGAGCGGAGCUGGUGAGCAGAUGGGGAUGUGAAUGUAGACUGUCGCAUCAAGCAACCGCUCAGCUGCUGGUAGAAGGCACACGAAUGGCAGGAAGAGAAGGUCUGCUUAAUUAACGAGAGGCGCUAGAGAUGUGAUACGCAGAAACGUUUGACUGCAGAACUGCACCUACAGUCCGUCCAGCUGGCCAGCAUCAGUCGCUGUGCAUUUGGAAAGCCAAACUCAUAUCGCAUUUCCUGCAAAUCCCAAACGGUCAGUACUACACGGAAAUAAAACCGAAACGUGCUUUAGGUCUUUGAUUUCGAAACUGAGAUGGAAGGUGUUCACCUGUUCCAUGCUGAUUUAUACAACAACAGUAAGAUGGCUGUGUGGGGGCUUCAGCAACCUCUGUUACAGUGCGCACAUGGUCUAUCCCUUUUGUAGAUGAGUGGCCAAAAGCGAUCAAAGCUAAGGGAGCAACCAUUUCUCUGGGGCUUCAAGAACAGGCAUCGGAAUCACAGACCGGUCGAACCAGCAGAGCUACUUGAUCACACAAUCAUGGCGACAGCAGCAGCAGCAGAUCAAAAACCACAUCUGACAUGUGCAGUGUGCCAGGAAGUGUACAGGUCACCGAGGUUCCUGCCAUGUCACCACUCGUAUUGCCUCAAGUGUCUGGAGCAGCUAGCCGCCGCCAAUGGCCAAACGAUCCCGUGUCCCAUCUGCCGAAAGCGAGCACCUGUCCCCGCAGGUGGUGUGCAGUCUUUGCAGGUGAACUUCUACUUCACGGAUGAAGAACUGGAGCGCGCGCGCAAGGCCAGCGAACACACGACGUGUCGCGUGCACGGCGAGGAGCGUCUCUGCUUCUACUGCAAACCGUGCGAGAGGGUGAUUUGCAUCAAGUGCAAGCUGACCAAACACGAGGGGCACGUUAGCGAGGACCUGACCGAGACGGCGGAACACUGCAAGGAAGAGAUACAAAGGUCGUGGGCUCGCAUGGAGGACAGCGUCAAGAUCGUCACGAAAAAGCUGCACGAGGUGCAGAAGAAUAAUGAGGCUGCCAGGCAAAAGUGUGCCGCUGUGAAACUACAGAUAAAGGUCAGGCGUGACGCCCUGGUGAGGAAAGUGGAUUACUGGUAUGAUGCCGCGGUAAAAGCUCUGGAUGAAGUGGCUGACAGUUUGGAAGCUGGCCUUGGUGGCGACAUGCAGCGCGUGCAGCACGAGCUCAACUCCCUGCUUCGCCUAAAGAAGCGUGCAGAGUAUGCUCUGGACGCGGCCUCGGACGCCGAGGUCGUGCAGGUCGAGAAAGAGACGCGCGAAGGACGGGUCAGCGCAGAGGAACUGAAUGAGCUUCAGAAGGGGCUCCCCACCACCACCCUGCGCCCAGGACUUCAUGGCGACUUCAAUAACAACAUCGAGGAUGAGAUUCGUCGGUUCAUUGGCGCUCCGGUCAGGCUGACUCUGCCCUGCGAAAAGUCCGACGAGAGCGUCAGUCGCCACAUCCGGUGUGGGCAGGAGAGGGAGUGUCGUGAGGUGCACGCUGUGCGAAUACGGCACGACCAACGGACGGAUAUUGCCUUCGGCGACACGGGCGGCGAACACGAAAGCGAAACGGUUUCCUUCCUCCUUCCCUGCGGGGAGGAGCUCAAGGAGAUUAACUUCGGUUCGAAAGUUACAUUUCUCACGCGCCAUAUCUUCCUAAGGGAGUGGAAGUGCUUAAAACAAAGAGUAUUUGGCUCGAAGUCAGACAGUCAGUUUGUGAUACGCCAUGAGAUUGGUGAAGAUGAUUGCGAAGUGUUCCGUCUCGGUUCGAAAAUUAACGAAGGUAAAAUGGAAAUCGAGAAGGGCCCGACACUCUUUCAGCCGAAGAUUAGAAGACUGCAUAAUUUUGAUGCCAACAAGGCAGGGGAACUUUUUGCAGUCAUCGACGAUCAAGCAGGUGCAGAUGAACAAGAGGAUGCGAGCUCCGACAAGAAUAAGACAGUUACAGACAUGGAUUCAGGGGCAAGCAAAAAUUUGGGGAAGGAGAAAGAAUGGGCUGCUUUGAGAGUGGUGCAGCUGUAUAAACAUGGGCAGGAUGAAGCUAUUGCUACCUACACCCCGCCGGUAGAACCUUUCUUUCCGACUGACGUUUGUUUCUGGCGCCCAAAUGAUGAGGAGAAGUUGCUAAUCGCUGAUUGGAUGAAUGACUGCGUGCACGUGGUGGCGGUUGCUGAAGACGGCACCUGUCGCUUCCAGCGCUACCUGGCGGCCGGAUCUGGCGACAUCGUGCGGCCUACAGCUCUUAACACUGACCUCGAAGGUCGGUUAUUGAUAGGCUGUGGUACAGGGUGGGUACUGAGAUGCGAGUGUAGCAGCAAAGAAGAUGCUGGUUUAUCAGAUUCCGAGGCCUCGUCUGAUGAAGCGUCAGGAUCAGAACACAGCUUUUAACUCGGCGAAACGAAUGACGGUCAAAGCUGUCUCUUUAGGGUGUCCCCCAUCCACACAUUGAGACAGUUUCA